UAUGCACUUUCCCACUUGGGGGAGUUGGUGCUGUUUGUUUGCUGGGGUCCAAAUAUUGUCAUAAUUCUUAUAGGUUGUUUUCUUGAUUGUCAGCCAUUCUGGAGGAUCUGGAAUCCAGCUGGAAGUGGAGGGCGUGGGGUCAUAGGAGUGUUGGAAGCCAAUUUUGUUGAACCUGCCCAUGAUAAGCAAGGCUUUGAGCGUACUUUAGUUUUAUCAAGACUGGAGUCUAAAUUGAUACAAAUGCAGAAAAAAUACUGGAGCACUAACUGCCAUAAAAUUGGUUAUGCUUCCAAUCGAAGUAAAAUACUAAUCAGAGAUUCUGCUGAUAAAGAGACAUCUCCUGAUUUGGUUCCAGAAUUAUCACAAUCAAAAAGGAAAUUUCCUACCAUGGAAGGAAAGGCGACACAGUUGACAUCAGACAAAUUGUAUUCACAGUCAAAUCAGAAACGAAUACAAAAACAAACAGAAAAAUAUAGUGCAUAUACCAAUGGUCAAAUUUCAGUCUCUCCUAAACGUAGAAUACAAAGUUCAUCUGAACAAUCAUCAUCUGAAGAUGAUGUCAGUGAUAAUGGCAUGCCUAUGAAAAAAUCUCAAACGAAAUAUAUUGCUGAAAAAUCAUUUGAAAAUGAGAAUGGAUGUUCUCAAGAUACAUCAAUUGGAAAAGCCUCGCAGUACACACGGGGAUCCAAACUAAAGGUAGUGCAUAUCAUCUUUAUUUUACUUUGUUCUCAUUCUAUUUUUUCUGCUAUUAUAUGUCCAGGCAUUGGAACUUGAAUUAUUGUUGAUCCG